AUGCGUCAAACAUUGAGCUGGAAAGCUUUUAUAAACCCACAGCCCUCACUGGCCAACUCGAAAGGUGGUGAUCCACUGAAGAUUUCUCAUGUUGUCUCUGCAACUUCCCUCUUUCUAAGCCAUUGCUUGUUGUGAAUGAAUUCAGAUUCAAGACACUAAGAAAGUCAAAACCGAGAAAGGAUGACACAGAGAACGAACCAGUGA